ACUGAGAAUAAAAUAUAACUAUAGAUAGCUAGAAAUAGUAGAAAAACAUGCAAAAUUUAAUAGAGAGCCGUGCUCUCCUUUCGAUCCUGAAGGAUCCGCGUCGGAACUGUGGGGAGAUUCAGGGGGUAAGCGUUGCAGAGUCGCGUUCUGAGGUGGUGAAAAGUGUGGCUGGCGGAGGGGUUCAGCUCAAUGCCAAUGCCCAGGUCUUUGUGCCCCGCUCUGUGGCAGCCAAGGCGCAGGAAGUCGAUGCCCCCAUGGAUCUCGACGAGCUGAAGCGUCACUUCGAGUUCAAGGACGAGAAGCAGAAGAAGACGAUGCUGAUCCUGCCCUGGCAUGGAUUUCCGAAGCGACCAGAGAAGUCAGCCAAUCCCAAACACGUCACGCCGAUGGCCAACGAGGAUCACGCCUACGAGAUCAAGUUGGGCGGCAAGCGGGCCAGGAAAGCGAAUGCCUGCGCCGAGGAGAAACGCCUCAAGACCAAUCAAAAAUCCGCCGAAGAGGCAGUCUCCACUGAAGACGGCCCAUCGCUUCCAGUAGAUCUCACUCUGGAGGAGAAGCGUCUGGAGCAAGGACGAAAAGUGGCCCUGGAGGCCCUCAAAUUGGUGGAGCAACGCCGCCUGCGCGACCCCAGCUUUGGCCCCUUCAAGAAAACGGAGGGCGGAGCGGUCAUUCGACACAUCUCGCGUUCCCCAGUGCGAUUCACGAAAGACGAGCGGGAGCGCGUGCGUAAGCUGCGGGUCGACAAGAAGGAGAGGAUCGAAAAGGUCCUGAAGGAUAUGUUGCAGAAGAAGAAGCCUCCGAAGCUGUAUCCCGAGAAGUGGCAGAAGGAAGCCCGUGUACAGGAGGAUGGCGAACAGCAGACUUGCCAAGUGCAGAAGCCAAGCAAGGCUAAUCGCGAGAAACAGUCGAAGCCGGAGGCGGAGGUGCCACAGGAGCAACAGCAGGAGAAGCCGGCCCAGCAGCGUAUGAUGCAGAAGCGGUACUUCGGGCUUCAACGUGCCACAACGACCAAUGCCCAGGCUGAGGCUGAGCUGGAGCCACAGCCACAGGGGGAGAAGGAGCCGCCGGCUGAGGCAAAGCAGCAGCCCCCCCGACGUUACAUACCCACAACCAAGGAGUGGGACGAAAAGUGCCGCACACGCCAAUUGGAGCGUGUGAGGGUCUCCGACAAGGAGAACGAGAAGUCGAAGUCAAACCAGAACCAGAACCAGAAGCCAUCUGGGACCGCCAACAAGCCGGUGCUGUGGCGCGCCGACACCAGUCGACCCCUGACAGUGUCCAACUCGGCCAAGGACUCCCAAGAAGUGAUCAAAUUGGAGAGCCCGACCCUGGCCCCAGUCAUUCCACGCUACGUGCCACCGAUUCCAGUUGCCGACCCAGCCGACUUGGCCCUGACCCGACUGCUCCACUCGGAGAAGCGCCGCGGCAAUCUCACCUAUGCCCAGGCCCUGCUCAAGCGUCCGCCCGGGGAGGUCGAUGGCUCCACCAACCCUCCGCUGAACAACGUCGUUCGCUACUCCGUCGAGGAGCUGCUGAUGCUGGAGCCCCAGCCAGGCCAACUGCUGGCACCGAUCCUCCUUGGGACCUCCAAAGGAUUGGGAUGUCUUCUCAAAUAACUGCGAUCGAAAUAUCUACUUGGAGGGAGCCUGGUGCCUGCUGCCUGCAGCAUGCAGCCUGCAGCUCCUUCCUGCCUCCGACACUUUAUUUAAUUUUAUUUGGUUUUGUUCUCAAGUUUGAUGAUUUAAUUUUGCUGAUUUUUCUUCUGUCAUUUUCCCCUUAUUUUUCCCUUGAUGGCGUUCGGCAUCAGAUUUUCUUUAAGUU